AUGGUGGAGGAAAUCGAGCAGGAGAAGGCUCGCUUGGAGGCCAUGGAAGUGAUGGAAGGGGAACCACCACAACCCCUCCCGAUGGGCCAAGAACGGGAGAGCAUCCUUCGCUGGGCCCUCACGUUCCAGACCCGCGUUCCCGAGGCGGACUGGAGACGUGAGGAACGCCAGCGGAUGGAGGUAAUCCGUGCCAUCUGGGAGGAGAUGACGACGGCAGCUGACCAGGCGGACGGCGGAACAGCUGAGACUCUGUCCGAACAUGGGACCUCCAAAUCCCAUUGUUCGGACACCUCAAAGGGGUCCCAGCUGUCCCUAGACGGACUGGAGGAUUACCUGGGUAGGGGUGCGGAAUCAGUACCAGCUGGGAAGGGGGAGACCACCAACGCUCAACCGGCUGAACCAUCAACUCCGCCUCCCACAUUCCAUCACCCAGGGACAGCAAAAUCAUCCGCCUCCACCAUCUCCGCCACCACAGCUCAGUCGUCCGUCAAACGCACCGCCGCCACCACCGCUCAGCCACCGACCGCCACCAUCAACCGACCACCAACCACCACCGCAACCCCCGCCGCCACCACCGCUCAGCCACCGACCGCCACCACCAACCAACCACUAACCACCGCCGCAAUCACCGCCACCACAAUCGCACCACCAACCGCCACCACCGUCCAGCCGUCGGCCACAAAGAGUCAAGGUCACUCAGGCUGGUUGCCUGUGACGUCGACUCCAAUUGGCCGGACCACCACCACCCGGCAAUAA